GAGGAGCAAAUGUAGGGGUGAACAGAGAGUCGAGAGUGCUGCAGCUGGGACUAUUGGCUGCAUAAUGGAUGGAGUGGAGGAGUUGGAGUGAGAGGCUGUGGCGGUGGUCUAGGCUGGCUGUGAUGGGCUUGGCUGGGGUUUGAGCAGGGCUGAGCUUAACCCGGGCCUCGGGGGGGCAUUAACGCAGAGAGCCAUAGAUAUGGAGGCACUCUGCGGACUCAACUGUGGCCCUCUGGCUGAAGCCACGAAGAGAAAGAAAAUAAAGGACAAGAAAGAGAACGAGCCAUCCAUGCAGCCAUCCGUGCCACGACCUCUCGCUGCAUCCUCCCCGUCACGCAGCAAAAGCCAGUGCACUCUGCGUGCACUGGCUGACCACUUAAAUGGAUGCUGGUGAAUAUUUAAUGGCGCAAAACACUGAAUAUUUAUUAUUUAAAGUGGGAUUUUGUUCUAGUGUGAAGCUAAUGUCUGGGUUUUAAGCUUAGGAAAGUGAGGAAAUAACUGGUGAAUAUAAAAAAAAUCAGGCAAAAAAUGCGGAUGAAAAUGCACAGAAAACCAAAUUAUCAGCCAAAGAUUUCUGUCACUGAGCUCUGGAAAAUAGAGGACAAAAAAAAAGCGAGGCUGAGAGAGGAUCAUCUUUGAGUGUUUUGUAGUUGCUGUUUGUUUAUGAGAAAAAAAGAGGAACUAUGUUUUACGUUUGAAUAGGACUCUGCAUGUGUGAAGCUGCUGGGAGUAAAAAGAAAAACUAUCUCAAAAGGCAAAUUGGUGUAAAAACUGAUGUAAUGUGACAUGUAACCUUGUUCCAGGUUCCUCCAUGCAUCGCUAAAAAAGCAGCUCUACACGACUGUUGCCCGCUCAGUAUAACAGAUGUAUUAUCUCACUACAGAAGACAGAUGGUUUGUGCUAAAUUGGCCCUCUCUCCCUCUCUUUCUCUUUUUCUCUUUUUCAAAAAGGGCAUUAGUGUUGUCAUGUAAGGGGGGGGGGAGAAAGAAAGGCAGAUGCUUUCUACUUUGUUGUGUUUCCAUGUCACUGGCAUAAUUAGCAAUGCACAGACCUCUGUUCUGUGGAAUCUGGUGUGUGCGUGUUGUUCCAAGACCGUGUUUGUUUCUGUGUGUGUGCGUGUGGACUCACAGCUGCGCCACUGUGAAAGUCGGUGUGCCAGCCAAGCCAAACCCAGCCAGAGCUGACUGGGACGGGUGAGAGGGUGAGUCUGCCGCACUCCCAUAAUGCUACACCCAGAGCCGCCCCCCUCCUCGCUGUACACAUAUUUGAUGGAAAAACAUGCUGAGCUCCCCGGUGAAGCUGAACCUGAUUGUGUCAUCUGUUCUGUAACAAAAUAAAUCACCCGCAAGGUCAUGCGUGGCAUCCUUACAAACCAGAAGGAUCAUCCAUCUCCACGUGCUGUGUGUAAAAUACUACAUAUAGAUUUACUGCAGUCACUAUAAAUACCCCUGAAGUUUAAAUUUAAGCACGUUAAACGACUGACCCGGUGCAAAUCAGGCCUCCUUAAACAGGUUUGGCAGCCUGCUUUGGAAAAGACAACAUAUGUCAACAUGAGGAAGUGGAAAGCAUCCUACAUGCUUGCCAUCUGUGCAAGAGGCUGCUUUGCUGUAGUCCAUCAAACAUAGACUCGCACACAUGCAUGUGAGCAGUUCCGCUCGCAGACUCCUGCAUAAUUAAUGCCAUCAAAGUUCCAGCUCUCGACACACCCGUCCGGAAAAUUCUACAUCUGUCCCCCUAAAGCGGCGACAAGAAGUCUUCCUGGAACGCCUGUGAAGCUUCUGUAGCUGACCUCUGACCUUUCUGCAGAGACAGCAGACCAUGAGCAGAGGACUUUUUGUCUCCUGUGCACCAAUAAAGAGCCUUGCUAUCCAUUGCCGGGUUCAUGCAGACUCUUCAUAUAUACUGGCCCUGGGCAGUCUGUUCAGUGUUGUGCUGUCAGUUCAAAUCUCCCUAUGACCCACUGCACCAAUUUUCUGCUCUGCAACUAUGACAUUGUCAGCUUUUCAGGGCCCUUGACUUGCAUAUGUGAUAGUAGCUUUUUGUUUAUGUGUGUUAUUUUUUUAAUCAACACCCAAAGUCUGUAAUAUACCGACUACACACUACACAGACUCACCACAAUGAAGUGUAAGAUUAUUUCAGUCAAAAACUUGAUACAACUUAAGGAAGGAAAUCACUGCCAGCCAAAUUGAAAUCAGCUGACUCUUCAAGACACAUCACAACAUUUUUUUUGGGUGUAAUCACCUGGCUUACUUUCCCCUGACAGCUCGAGCACAAAGAAUGCAACACACCUGUCAGUGCAAGGGGGAGGACUCAAGAGAAGGACUAGGUGUGUUGUCACUUGUUUCGGCACAGGCCUCACACACUCAGCGAGAAUCUCUGGAGGAAAGACGGAGCCUGAGGAGAGUCUAUUUAACACAAACCAGCAGUGGAUUUCCAGAGGAUGGGAAGGAAAAAUUGGUGAGAAGAGGAAAAGGAAAGCAGACAGGCAACCAUGACGUGGAGGAGCCCGCUGGCCCUGGUGAGGGAUGCCCUGCGAGGUCAAAGGGCACGGGAGAACGAACUCCGCAGCUUAGAGUCUAAUCUACCUUAUGAAGGAUUAGAGAAGGGAAAGCAACCUAACCGCUACUUCACAUCAAAUGCCAUCAAGACCACAAAAUACAGCCUCCUCUUCUUCAUCCCCAUGAAUCUUUAUGAGCAGUUUCACCGUCUGGCCAACCUCUACUUUGUGGGGCUUGUUAUUCUGAACUUUAUCCCUCAAGUGAAUGCUUUCCAGCCAGAAAUAGCCCUUAUCCCAAUUUGUGUCAUCUUGUCUCUGACCGCUAUGAAGGACGCCUGGGAGGACUUCAGGAGGUACCAGUCUGACAGGAAGCUUAACAACAUGCCGUGCUUCAUCUACAGCAGGAAAGAGAAGCAGUUUGUGGAGAGAUGCUGGAAAGAUGUGCGAGUGGGAGAUUUUGUGAAGGUGGUUUGCAAUGAGAUCAUCCCUGCAGACCUCCUCCUGCUUUACACAUCAGACCCCAACGGUGUGUGUCACAUAGAGACAGCCAACCUGGAUGGAGAGACCAACCUGAAGCAGAGGACAGCUGUGUCUGGAGUCUGCAACACGCAUCCAAAAUUUGAGCCUGAAAGCUUCAAAGGGAUCGUGGUGUGUGAAAAGCCCAACAACAACCUGAAUCAUUUCAAGGGUUACGUAGAGAAACCCGAUAAGCAGAAGGUGGGAGCUGGAAUUGAAAGUCUGCUGCUGCGAGGCUGCACAGUGAGAAACACGGACCAUGCUGUUGGCUUUGUGGUAUAUGCAGGCCAUGAAACCAAGUCCAUGCUCAACAACAGCGGGCCAAGAUACAAGCGCAGCAAACUCGAGCGGAGGCUGAACAUAGACGUCUUCUUCUGCGUCAUUCUCCUCUUCACUAUGUGUCUUAUCGGAGCACUAGGUCACUACUUAUGGCUUAAUGCUAUGCCUGUUGUGCCCCCUUACCUGGUACCCCCCACCAGCGGUCAGCUGGACAGCCCUAGUCUUGCUAGUUUCUACAUGUUCUUCACCAUGAUCAUCCUGCUGCAGAUCCUGAUUCCCAUCUCUCUCUACGUAUCCAUCGAGUUGGUCAAGAUUAGCCAGAUUUUCUUCAUCACUAAUGAUAUUGAUCUGUACGACGAGGAGACUGACAGCCGCAUACAGUGUAAGGCUCUGAACAUCACAGAGGACCUGGGGCAGAUUGAAUACAUCUUCUCAGACAAAACGGGCACCCUGACUGAGAACAAGAUGGUGUUUCGGAGAUGCUCCAUCAUGGGAACCGAGUACCCACACAAAGAGAACGCCAUCCGCCUGGCUGUCCUGGAUGAGCCCGAGGCAGAAGAGGAGGUCCUCUUCAACCAGCAUCCACAACCUCUACCGACUGGUUGGUCCUUGGAUAGUGAAGAAGCCAACGCUGAAGACACACAUGGCCAUGGCAGCCGACGCAGAAGCAAAGUCACAGGAAAUGCCCAGAGCGAUGUGGCCUUCAGCAGCCCACUGGAAACUGAGGUGGUCCCAGAUGGGAAGCUGUUUCAGAAGAUUAGCAGGACAUCAAGCAGCAGCCUCAGCCACAGCCAGAAGACAGAUGCUUACCUGGAUUUUUUUCUGGCCCUCGCCAUUUGCAACACAGUGGUGGUUUCCAUGGCAACAAGUCAGAGAAGGAGGGUGAGUGUGUCUCCACAAGCCAAGCACACAAAUACUCCACUGGAAACUUUGUCCAGACUGAUGAGAAAUGCUGGCAGCAUCUUUAAAUUCUGCAAGCGCAAGCCCAAGAGAAACCGUACCUUCACAGAGGACUCAGAGGAGCAUUUUCAGCCCUCUGGACAAACAGAGGGGGUCCGCACCACCGGGCUCCAGCCGUGUUCGCUUCAUCCUCCAUCCCUGAGCGACAAGCCUGCACUGACCUCAGAUAAUCUGAGAUAUGAGGCAGAGAGUCCAGAUGAGGCUGCCUUGGUCUAUGCUGCCAAAGCAUAUGGCUUCACUCUGCUGUCUCGCACCCCUGACAGUGUUUCAGUGAAACUACCGUCUGGGGAAGUGCUGGAUUUUGAGGUGCUGGACACCUUGACCUUUGACUCCAAUAGGAAGAGAAUGUCUGUGUUGGUGCGACACCCAAUCACCAAAGAGUAUGUGCUGUACACUAAAGGCGCAGAUUUUGCCAUCAUGGAGUUACUUGGUACACCCUAUGCAGAGCACUUCAGUGGCAAUAAGAAAAAUAUAGCAACUGUUACUCAGCGUCACCUCGACUGCUAUGCUAAAGAGGGGCUCCGCACACUGUGCAUCGCAAAGAAGGUUGUGAGUGAAGCAGUGUAUAAACGCUGGUCAGUGGACAGAAAGAAAGCUAUGGCUGCUAUAGAAGACAGAGAGAGGCUCGUCAUGGACACUGCUGUGCAGCUAGAGACAAAUCUUACCCUGCUAGGAGCUACAGGCAUUGAAGACCGUCUGCAGGAGAACGUUCCAGACACCAUCCAGGCACUGCGCGAGGCAGGGAUCAAGGUGUGGGUGCUGACAGGUGACAAGCCAGAGACAGCUGUCAACAUUGGAUAUGCUUGUGGGCUCCUUGAAGACGAAGACCUGGUAAUAAAUAUGGGCUGCAAAGACAAGAUCACGUGUACGAACAUCCUGGACUGCACUCUGGAAGAAGUGAGGAGGUACAACGCUGAUCCUCGUAAUGUGGAUACCACCCUAAACAUGUCUCUGGUGAUUGACGGUCUUACCCUGGACAAGGCUUUGUCGCCAGACCUGCUGGAUCGCUUUGUGGCCCUGGUGAAGCACUGCCGCUCCGUGCUCUGCUGCAGAGUCACGCCGUUACAGAAGAGCCGAGUGGUGAAAGUGAUCCGGGAGAAACUCAAGGUCAUGACACUCGCCGCUGGUGAUGGUGCAAAUGACGUCAAUAUGAUCCAAGCAGCUGACAUUGGCAUUGGGAUAUCUGGACAGGAGGGGAUGCAGGCUGUCAUGGCCAGUGAUUUUGCCAUAUCUCGCUUCAAACACCUGAAAAAACUUCUCUUGGUCCACGGACACUGGUGCUACACUCGACUGGCCAACAUGAUCAUUUAUUUCUUCUAUAAGAAUGUGGCCUACGUAAACCUGCUGUUCUGGUAUCAGUUCUUCUGCGGAUUCUCUGCCACUGCCAUGAUCGACUACUGGCUGAUGAUUUUCUUCAACCUUUUCUUCACCUCUCUGCCACCCAUAAUGUUUGGAAUCAUGGACAAAGAUAUCUCAGCGGAGAUGCUGCUGGGUGUGCCCGAGCUGUACAAGACUGGACAGGGUGAAGGGGAUUACAGGUUUACAACUUUCUGGGUUUCCAUCCUCGAUGCCUUCUAUCAGAGUCUGGUCUGCUUCUUUGUUCCAUAUCUUGUCUACCAGGAUUCAGACAUUGAUAUGUUCACUUUUGGAACACCUUUGAACACAUCUGCUUUAUUUAUCAUCCUGUUGCAUCUGUCAAUAGAGAUUAAAUCCUGGACGGUGGUUCACUGGAUAAUCAUGCUGGGCAGUGUGGCAUUGUACUUCAUCGUGACACUCGCCUACAGCGCCGUCUGUGUAACCUGCAACCCUCCCUCCAACCCAUACUGGAUCCUCCAGAGCCAGAUGGAGGACCCCAUGUUCUACCUUAUCUGCAUCCUCUCCACUGUGGUGGCUCUCCUGCCCAGGUACACUUUUCACGUGCUGCGGAACUCUAUCGCCCUCUCCCCGUUCAUACAAGCUAAGCAUCUGGACCGUAAGGACCCCUCCAUCAGAGAAGAGUGGAUGAAGGAGUUGAGGAGCUACAGGGGCGGCGGGCAGGUCAAACGCUCUAGGCUCUCUACCCCCCCCUCUCCCACCCUGGAGACCCCUGUGGACUUCAUUCCCGAGUCUCUUGCGGUUGCUGAUAUCAUGGGGGAUGAUUUCACACUGAAUGUCAUAAGUAAAAACUAUCAAAAGUCUGCAGGCUCACAGGGAACAUGAAGGGAAAAGGAAUUCUAAGAUGAUUAUUUAUUCAGAAGAUUGUAUAUACAGUGCAUAAGUCUCCUGUAUACAUUAAUGUUUCAUUUUUGAAAUGCAAUCAGGGAGAUACUGCUGCUCUCUAACUGGAGUUUAUUUUGCAAUAAACUACGUGACAAAA